CAGUCUUCGCCUUGAGGAUGGCACCGGCGGUGUCAUACCAUAAGAGGUAGUCUUGUGAAACACAUAGAUGAUUUGCUGUGAGUGAUGUUCAUGGUGAAGAAGGCAACUGAUGCGAGAAAGUUACUGCUGGAAAUAUGUUGACGAGGAGCGGUCGAGUGCCAAAGAGAGAAGAAAAGCGCAGCGAGAGAGAUGGUGGCGUCAUCGUCGGCGGUGGAAGGAGGUGAGGGAGCAUCGUUGGCGUCGGCAUCGUGCGGGGACUGGGCCAAGCGGCGGGUGAGCUACUUCUACGAGCCGACGAUCGGAGACUACUACUACAGGCAGGGGCACCCGAUGAAGCCCCACCGAAUCCGCAUGGCUCACAACCUCAUCAUCCACUACCGCCUACACCGCCUCAUGGAGGUCUCCCGCCCUUUCCCCGCCACCGUCGCCGACAUGAUCCGCUUCCACUCCAAAGAAUACAUCGACUUCCUCGCCUCCGUCUCUCCCGUCACCGCCGCCGCCCUCGCCUCCUCCUCCGCCCGCCAGCUUAAGCGUUUCAACCUCGAUUACGACUGUCCCAUAUUCGAGGGCCUCUUCCAGUUCUGCCAGGCAUCCGCUGGUGGCUCCAUCGGCGCGGCUGUCAAGAUCAACCGCGGCGAUGCUGACAUCGCCAUCAACUGGGCUGGCGGUCUCCACCACGCCAAGAAGUGCGGGGCCUCCGGCUUCUGCUACGUCAACGACAUCGUCCUCGGCAUCCUCGAGCUCCUCAAGUUCCACAGACGUGUUCUCUAUGUGGACAUUGAUAUCCAUCAUGGGGAUGGUGUUGAAGAGGCUUUUCUCACGAGUGACAGAGUCAUGACUGUGUCAUUCCACAAAUAUGCAGAGGGAAACUACUUUCCUGGAACUGGCAAUAUAAAAGAUGUUGGAUUUGGGCAAGGAAUGUACUAUGCUUUAAAUGUUCCUCUAAAUGAUGGGAUGGAUGAUGAAAAUUUCCGGGGACUCUUUAGGCCUAUCAUUCAAAAGGUGAUGGAGAUUUACCUGCCUGAUGUGGUAGUUCUCCAGUGUGGUGCUGAUUCAUUAGCAGGUGAUAGACUAGGUAGCUUCAACUUGUCUGUGAAGGGGCAUGCAGAUUGUUUACAAUACCUUAGAUCCUUCAAUGUCCCCAUGAUGGUUUUGGGAGGUGGAGGUUACACAAUGUGCAAUGUCGCCCGCUGCUGGUGCUACGAGACAGCAGUUGCAGUUGGAGUGGAACCUGACAAUAAGUUGCCUUGUAAUGAUUAUUAUGAGUAUUUUGGUCCCGACUACAAUCUUCAUUUUCAACCAAGAACGGUGGAGAAUAAAAACUUUCCAGAAGAACUGGAGAACAUAAGGAAUAUGUUAAUGGAUCACCUUUCACAUAUUGAACAUGCUCCAAGCGUGCAGUUCCAGGCAAGACCACCCGGCACAGAAGCUCCGGAGGAGGAAGAUGAGGAUAUGGAAAAUAGGACACAACCCAAACUUUGGAGUGGUGAGUAUUAUGAUUCUGACAACCUUGAGGACGACAAAAAGCCUGACCCUGAAAAUGUAGCAUGAUCAAGAGACUGUCAAUAGAACCUAGUAUACGGGUAAUCCUUGCUUUGCAUAUCUAUUUCUACAUUUGUCGGUAAGUCUCAUUUGAUGUUUCAUCAGAACCAAUGCAAGUUCACCAUUGAACUUCUUUUUUAUGCUUAUGGACUCUCGAGCUUUGGUGUUCAA